ACCUGUUUCUGUGUUCCUGUCGUUUUCGUAAUGUCAAAAUGGCCGAAUAUCUUUCUUAUUUCUAGUAGAAUUUAGGAAAAGUUUUUCUGACAGGGUUUUUGUUAGUUACUCUAAAUCUACCAUGAGUGAAAAUGCUAGUGAGAAUUGUCCUGAUGAAAAGCCGGUUGUUAUACAUAGUGAAGAUGUUAUAUUCCCGCCUUUCCCAGAACCAACUGAUGAUGAUUUUGAUGAUGACAUUGCUGAAGAGGAAAGGAAUUAUUAUAAAGAAAAGUACAAAGAUUUGAACAUGAUAAAAACUCAAAGAUUGCAUUGUUCUGCAUGCGAUCGUCAUCUAGGUUGUGCGGCACGCAAUGAGAGCCGCAUGCGUCCUCAUCCUAUGCUCAGAACUCUUGUUUGCCACACAUGCCACAAUUUUUACAAUAGCGGAGAGUUUGAAAAGGGUGAUGAUGGAUCAGAACUCUACUGUCGUUGGUGUGGUCAAGGUGGACAAGUGUACUGCUGUUCUGAUUGCCCUCAUGUGUUUUGUGCGAGAUGUAUCAGAAGAAACUUAGGUACACCUAAAAUAAAAGAAAUAGAACAAACUGAAGAUUGGAAAUGUUUUAAAUGUAACUCAAAGUGUCUGUGGGAUAUACGCGCUAUGUGCUGGGCAGUGUUGCGCUACUGUGAUCAGAAAAAUAAAAUUGCCUACAACACUCAAGAUCCUGAAAAAAAGGACUUAUAUCAGAAGGAUUGUGCGAUAGACCACACAGAAUGUUGCAAAAAUAAAAGUAAAAAAAAAGAACUGAGAAAGAGAGAACCUGAAAAUACCCCAAAAAAAUCAACUGCAUCUAUAAUAUCUAAAAUUUCCCCAGCUAUUCAGGUUAAAAAGUUUGCUUCUAUUGUUCCUGAUGAAAAACCUGAUAAAAAGCCACAAAAAAGGUCUGCUAGCCCCAAACAGAAACCCAUAUUAAUAAAAAAUCCUAUUCCUAUGCCUGCGCCUACUAUGAGCCCAGUAAUACCUAAUCAGCAAGCUAAAAAAAUAAGGAUGACACCUCCGACUUUAAUAGGUCCUCCAAGAUUUCCAAGUGAGAAAAAAUUAAACCCAAUUUAUAUACCUCGCUUCAAAGCUCAUAGACCACCAAUACCGAUACGUCCACAUUAUAAUGGCAGCUUCAAUAAUUCUUACAGCAGUGUUGCAUCAAAUGACAACAUUAACUUGUCACUGGAUAAUUUGACACAGGGCUUAGAUAUGGCAGCCGUAGCAGCGAUGUCCACUUCUAAUCAAGACGACGACGUAGUCUGCACUCCGGAUUUACCAUUAGAACCGAUGUGCGAGGUAACAGAAGAUAAUGUUGACGACGAUGUCCAGUGUAUAACUCCCGGUCCGAUCACAGCGCCCAAGGCGUCGUCUAUGCCGCCACUCGUAUCCCGCGCGGGAACAACUCUACCGGAAUUAACUCCAGAAAACAUCGUUCAGAUGACGGAAAACGACGUCACUGUAAACGCAUCUACGGGUGGUUUGAAAUUCCGAGUCGAUCCGCAAACCUUGUCAUCCAACAAGAUGUAUCGGCUACCGGAUGGCCGCAUUUUUGCGAUUAACGCAAAUCCCGCAAUGCCCGGAGGAUACUCUGCGACCAUCGUAGCGAUUACUGAAAACACACCCCAAAGCAAGGCCUCUAAAGGCGCGACGUUCGCGGCAAAGCUCAGCGCAGUCACCACAGGGCCCCCCAACACGCCGCCCAUAGUCAACACAUACAGCUCGAGGAACUCACGUUCGCAUAAAAAACGCAAACCAGAACUUAUACACACAAAUGUAAGCAGCGGUAAAACCAACAGGCGAUCAGAAUCAUCUGUCAGAGAAUGCGAUCUGAAAGUACCGAUUGAAUGGUACAGAUACAAUCUGAUCGAUGCCGUUGAUGCUCUGGAGUACUCCUUGUCACGACUUCAUAAAUUGAAAAGAGAAGCGACGACCGUGUACUUAAGAACGAGAACUGUUAAUGAAAUGAGAAAUCUUCAUAGAACGUUGGAUAGAUUACUAAACACUUCGGUGAAUAGGUUUAAUGAAGUGCGACAGAAUGUCAAUAAAGAAAUGAAACAGUAUGUUGCAAAGAAAAAGUCCCCAGCUAGUAAUAGGAUCGCUAACAAUACGAGCGAGGAGGAUGACGAUGUAGAAAUAUUACCAGAUUUAGAUGACAACGAUGACGACCCCAUUUUCAUUGAUGAAAAUUCUUCAGACUCAAACGAAAAUCACGAAGUUGAUCUAACGGGAGCUAACAGUGACAACAGUCCUGAUAAAGCGGCCAAUAGAAAGGACACGGAUUCUAAUAUAACGGAUCAAUGUCACGAUAAUAAUGUUGAUUCGAGUGGCGUCGGCAACGUUGACGAAGCAAACUUUAACGCGUUGCAUAACGAUAAAGAUGAAAAGGACGGUGAAAAUAUUGAAGAUGAGGAGGCUAAGAAUGAGAAGGCUAGUAAUGAUCACGUGAAGAAUGAAGAAAAGGAGGAAGACCUGAAUGGUGAAUCGGAUUCGGAGUGUAAGUCUUCUAAAUAUAAAGAAGACAAAAUGAAUGAGGAUGGAAAGGAACAUAAUAAAAAUUCAACAAACAAUUCAGAUAUUAGCGGCGGUGAUGAAGAUUUAGAUAAAAAUAGUAGUAACGAUACCGGUAUGUUAGAUGAUACAGACGAAGCUAUUGCAGUGGAAAAACUUGAGGAAUAGAGAGUACUUUACAUACUUUGUACUAUAUUUUACUUGUAAGUAAGUUAAUACAAUUUGAUUAAAGGGAAGGCUCGUGUCUUGUAGAGUGAGCCUUGAAUAAGUUAAUUAAGUCUUGUAUAGUUGCUUUUCUAGAUUGAAAUUAAAAUUUAAAAAUGGUACUGAAAAUCUUUAUAGUACAUUUUAUGUUUUCGAAUGCACUUACAUUUAUUUCCCGAAUUUUUAUUUUUGUUACUUGAAGAAAAAUUUCAAUAUGAAGAUGUUGUAUUUACUUACCAGUUUAUUCAAUUAUACUAAGUAUGUUUAGAAAUAAACUUUUUUAUGUUCUGUUUGAUUGUUGUCAGGAAUAAACAUUAAGAUGAGAA